UGUGUUGUCCCAUACCAGGAUACAGCGAGUGUGUCUCUUUGCGUUCUUUUUGUCGUCAUGGAGAACAGACAGCGACAGCUGCCUCCGGCCAUGCAUUUUUGUCUUUGAGAACUGGAAAAUUUUCCAGCUAUCUCUGAAAACAGGAUUUUUGUUUCGUUUCAUUUGUCCCACUUUUGAGACGGUAAAUGCAUGAUGAGGAUUUUUGUGGCUUUUGAAGGAUCUUUUGAGGCGUUUGAUGUUUCUGCACACGAAUCUGUGGAAACCAUCAAGCAGAUGGUAAAGGAUUAUUUCCACAUUCCUCUUUCUGAAGACCAACAAGGCAGGUGGUAUUUAGAGCUGAUGUAUGCCGGAGCUGCCCUAAGGAACAACUGGAGGCUGUCAGAUGUUGGGAUAUCUUUCUGCGCAACUCUCAAAUGCUUCGUUAAGAAAGAAGACAAGCCUACCCUGUACGUGUUUAAUGCUGUGACCCAGGAGAUGAUGCCAAUGAUGGGGAGUGUGUCUAUUCUGGAUAAAAAGGUGUCCGACCUGAGAAGGCUGGUAACUCUGAGGUGUGGCUUCCCCGUGAGCGUCUACUGUCUGCGGACACCAGAGGGACUGGAGAUGUAUGAUUGCAACACCCUCAGGGACUACGGCACUGAUAUCGGCACAACACUUCGUUUGGAUGUCUGGGAUGGAUGGAAGGAAUUUCUCAUAGGAUGUCUUCUCGGGCAAAAGCCUAAAGUCCAGCGAUUCCUAUCAAAAGAAGGACAAGUACUCAAGUACCAGAAAAGGGUAGCCCUGUACAUCGCUGCCUUUCACGGACACACUGAACUCACUGAAUGGGCUCUGAAGCAGGGCGUGCAGCCCCACGAGGCGGUUGGUGUUCACCCUUAUCGAGCCUGGUGCCACGAAGCCCUUCACGCGGACGUCUCUGACUGCCCUAUUCACGCAGCUGCCGAAGCCGGCCAACUGCUAAUUCUGAAGGCCUUUGUCAACUGCGACGUCCUGUGCCUGGAAUGUAAAAACGCAGCCGGGCGAACGCCCCUGGCCAUUGCAGCGAAACACCAGCAUGAAGCCUGUGUAUUAUAUUUACUGAAUAAAAUGUGGUCCACAGUUUCUUUUCUAAAACUUUCAGUUCCUAUGAGGAUUUAUAUUAAAAUAAAGCAGUGGAUUCUCAGAGCUCAGAGUCAUAGAGGCCAGAAAAGCCAGCUUGGCAGAGCAAGAAUCUCCGGGGCAAAAGUUGGAGACACCGUGGUGGUGGAUGGUUUUACUAAGCCAAAAAUGACUUCCAAGAGCUGGUACAAGGCUGGAGACAAGAACUGGCAAAGCACUCGGAGGCAACUACCACCUUGCAAGCAACAAUCAAGCAGGAAACCCGUCGAUUCUUUACUAAUUUCACAAAAGGACACCAGAAAACAAAUCACACUCCCAUCCUUAGUAAAAACAAAUACCUCCUCAGAACCACAACAUCAUCAACCAGAAAGCCAGCAAAAUAAAACUGCCCCAGCUGGGAGAAAAGAAAAGUACGUAAGAAAUGCCUAUCUCCCCCAGGUCCCGCUUCCCCCAGUCUCCAGAGUGGAUUAUCCCCACCGAAUGCUCCACUGUGCUCUGUCUGGUGCCAAUGGCUUGCUAAGAUCCUUCUUCGCAUCUUUCUCAGAGCACAGUGGGAGGACUCCGAGAGAGAACGCCAUCUACUGCUUAGCUGUGGCAAGCGCCUUUAAGGAGAAGCGAUGGCUCCAACAAUUAGAAAUAGCAAGGGUCCUGGCCAAAAAGAGCAUUUCUAACCUGACUGUCCAAGGAGGUCCAGAAAAGUGUGAAAACCUUCCAGAAACUUUGCUUUGAAAAGUCACAUAAGCCCUGGAUUGGAGCAUGAUAUGGUCAAAUAGAGUCUCCAUUUCUAACGUCAAUAUAUCAAACUACAAUUCUAGCGCUACAUGGCUUCAGCCGGGUGUUGGAUGUUUAACAGCAAGCUUUCUUAGACACUGUACUAUUCAA